AACUAGGUCUACAAUCUUUAACAGCAGGGAACAGUCUGAAGUUCUCAUUAAGAAGACUAAGGAAACAAGGAUAAAAUCCUGAUCCUGUUCAAGUAAAUUGUGUUUUUGCUGAACCACAAGAAAACCCAUCUCUCUGGAAAAAAAUGCCAUCCAAAAAAAAAUCAUUGAUGUUUGCAUCUGCCUGUUUUAUCAGUCUUUGGUCUUUUGUGAUAGUCUGUCUUGUUCUGGCAUCUAAAAACUGGGUCUCAAGUAAUGUUAUCUUUAUCGAAGGAAAUUCAAGUGCUGUUAUAACCAUCACAUAUGGGGUUUUUGAAGGUGUAUGUUCAAAGAAGGUGAUUGGUGGACUUGAAACGCCUGCAAAAAAUUUUGAAGUGACAUCAAAGCUGGAAAAGACAGAAAUGAAAAAUGUGAACAUUGUGAUUAUCUUGCUCCUGGUUCUCAGUUUACUUAGCUCUCUUAUGAGUUCUGGAUUUACAUGCAGCAACACUGUAAGCAAUCCUUACCAGACUUUUUUGGGACCCAUUGGCGUCUAUACAUGGAAUUCCCUAAGUGGUACCUUCAUACUUCUAACCAUGAUAUUGUUUGCAGUGAAUGUAGAGGCAAACAAAUUGUCUGUAGAGUUGGCUUCAAACUGUAUGUUUUCUACAAGUCGAUAUGAAAGCUCCACAAACAGUUAUGGAUAUUCAUACUGGCUCAUGUUGCUUAUCCUUCUUUUGAAUGUUGCAACUAUCACCAUCAUCAUUUUCUAUCACCAUGCAAGGUAUUCCAAGAGGAAAGAACAGGAGAGACCCAUUGAAAAUGCACCAAAGGAUGGUAUUUUAUUUUAGUGAUACCAGUACUCUCACUUAAAGGUGAUGUGGAAGAAAGUGGCAAAUUAAUGUGGAUAAUCAUGAUUGAUCAUUUAAACUCCAUAUGUA